AUGAGCAAAGAGGACGUUUCCCCAAAACUGAAAAAGGUCAGAAAAGAUGGCUUCAAAUGUAGCGGGGGGACGAAGAAGAAUCAGGAUGGUAAGAGUGGCGGCAAAAAAAAAAAGAAACCCUUUAAGAAGCAUAAAAAUAAGGAGGCAAAACAGGUGGGGGUAGUAUCGCAGUCUUAUGGUAAAUGUCUGAACAGCAAGGGGGAGAUGCGUCGUGCAGACCAACCCUGCCCAGAAUUCAAUUUCGCGAAGAAGGAAGAAGCAGCGGAGGGAAGACGCCCACCAAUAACCAACAAAAUGGCUAUUAAAAGAUCCAAGUCAGAUUUUGUCACUCCUGUCUUGAAGAAAAUAAACAUAAAUAAAAAGUUAUGCAAAAAGAAGAAUCAUGAAGGGAAGGCCCAAGAGGGGAAGAACGAGUCACCCCCCCAACACACUCCAAAUGGAAAUCCUUCACCAAAGAAUGUCGCUAACCGAGGCAACUACCCAUGUGAAGCCAGCAGUCCGUUCUCCUAUCGAACUGAUGGCGACCAUCCAACCGAUAGGGCCUUCUUCCCUGAUCCAUACGAAAGCCAUUAUGGAGAAAAGAAAAAACAAAAAUACAAGAAGAAAAAAAAAAUCCAACAAGACCCAGAAGAAAUAGUGAAUUCGUCCCUGUUCAGAUACAUUAAUGAGUACAUGUACACGAACAGAAGCGACAUUGUGCAACAGAAGUUGAAGGAAACAAACAAUAUUUUCAACAUUUACCAUUCGGGGUAUAGAAAUCAGAAGAAUAAAUGGCCCCAAAAUCCCGUUAAUGUAAUAAUAAGACAUUUAAAAAAAAAUUUUACAAAAAAAAGUAAAAUAGCAGAUUUGGGAUGCGGAGAAGCAGAAAUAGCCCAGGCAUUGGACGGCUGGUCCGUGACUUCCUAUGAUUUAAUUCAGCUCAAUGAGCACGUCACUGUGUGUAACAUAACGGAGUUGCCGCUCCCAAACAAUUCCCACGAUUGCUUCGUUCUGUGCCUAAGUCUCAUGAACACGGAUUGGCCGAAAGUUAUAUUUGAGGCACGGCGGUGUCUUAAAAAGAGCGCAACCCUAAUAAUAGCCGACGUGGUGAGCAGGUUUACGAACUACAAGGCGUUCAUGAAGUUUAUGAAGAACGUCGGGUUUACCAUCACCAACAAAGUAAAUUUGGACGAUUUUUUUUAUGUGCUAUUUUUUGAGAAUAAUAAAAAGGACGACGCUUCCUACGCAGUGAAUGACAAGAGAAUUAGGAAGGUUUCCAAGUUAUUGGCUCCCUGUGUUUACAAGAGGAGGUAA